AUGAAUGAUGUUGAAAAAAAAGUGAAUCACAUAAAAGAAUUUGUCCAGACAUUUUAUUUCGCGAAAAAUGUGGAAAUAGUGAUCGAUGAAUCUUCGCUAAAAAAUGUAAAUAAAGCACCCAAGGAAAAUAACGCAAGCGUAAUUAACAUAUACUCCUGCUAUUCGGUGUGGCUAUGUAUGAAUGAGAUUUACCCCUCAUGGUUUGACAUAUCGAUUCACCCGGCUCAAUUUGAUUCGGAGUUGGAUGCCUACGAGUGCUUACUAAAAUAUUUGAAUGAAUACCACGAAAACAAGUUCGAAAGGAUAAUAAAAAGGGUUAUCGAAAAUUUAUUGGGCUUGACAGUGAACGAGUUCAUCGAUAUAUACAGCUUAGUAAUUCUGGCUGCCCUCGUCUCGGAUGACAAGCAAAAACACAUAAAUAACAUUUUGUCCCUUAGUCAUGAAACACAAAAAUAUAUACAUAGCAUUGUGGAGGUUUUGGACAAGGAGAACCUGACUGAAUCGAUGAAAAACGAAAUCAAGCAGCUGAAGGAAAAAGUGAAAUAUCUAGAAAUGGAAAAUGAAAAUUUAACCAAUUCACUGACGGAGAAAAAUAAAACAAUCCAGGAUAACACUGAAAAGAUGGAGAAUUUGAAAAAACAAAUUAAUGCAGCUUGCGAAAAGUCCAAAAAUCAAUAUAUGACACAGAUAGAAGAACAAGAAAGGAAAAUCCAUGAAUUGCAAAGUAGCUUAGAAAAACAAACCAAGGAGAGAAGCCUCUUAGAAAAUGAUUUAAAAGGAAAAAUCAAAGAGUUGGAGGAUGAACAAAAUAUCCUGAAGCAAGAAAAUUCCAAUAUCGAAAAUUUGCAGAAUAAAAUAAAUAAAUAUAAAGAAAAAUUGGACAGCCUAAUGGUUGUUCAAAAUAUCAACAAAGAAUUGGAGGACAAGCUUAGAGAUAACACUCAAAAAAUGGUGGACAUGGAAAAUGAGGUGGAGAAGUUGAAGGUCGAGUCAAGCAGUCUCAUCAUAUAUAAGGACAAAUGCGCAGAUUUGGAUACCAACUUAGUGAACGCAAAGACGGAGAAUGAGAAACUGAAACAAGACCUCGACGAGAAAAACAAAACCCUAGAAAAGCUGAAAAACGACUUAGAAGCGAAAAACCAGUCCUAUGAACAGCUGAAGAAGGAGCAAAAUUUUGAAAAAAUCAACAUAGGACUAAGCAACGUGGACCAAACGGAGGAAUUAAUCAGACUUAAAAAGGAAAACGAGAACUUAAAGGAGAAAGUGUCGACAGACACGAGUCACGACAUGAACAAAGUGAAGGAGCUUGAAAACGAAAUUGACGAUUUGAAGAGAAUAAAUAAAAAGCUAGAAAAUAAAAUGUCGGAAAUUAUGGACAAGCAGGACGCAAAAGACGACCCAACUCUGCAGGAAAAAUAUGAGAAAACGUUAAAAGAAAUGGAAGGAAAGCAGAAGGAAGUAGAAGCAAAACAGCAGGAAAUUAAAGAACUGACUGAGACGAAUCAAAGGAUGAAGAUUGAGUUGUCUCAUAUGCAGGGGAAUUCAGACUUAGCAAGAAAUGAAAAAAUCAUAAAGCUAGAAGCCGAGUUGCUAAUGGAGAAGAAAAACUGUGGACUUAUCGAAGAGACCACAAAGAAUAAACUAAGCAAGGAAUUUAAUGCGGCUUUACAAAUCUUUAAGGAACAAUUACAAAUUAGGGAAAAGGAAACCGAAUACUACAAGGACGCACUGAAAACGCAAAUUGAUAUUUCUAAGGAUGAACAGAAACUAUUAAGCGAAGUUAUCCACGGCUUAGGUCUCAAGUACAAACAGUUGCAAACUUACAAUUUGUCCUUACGGAACGAAAUAACGGGAAUAAAAUUAAGGGAACUGUUUUGCCUAGAACAUGGAAUACAACCGGAUGGUCAAAUGCCCUCGGACAAAGCUGCCAGAGCAAACGAUGAUGCUUUUAAUACCUUUUUUUCAGAAACGGGUGCAGGAAAACACGUCCCACGUUGCGUCUUCGUCGACCUAGAGCCAACCGUUGUAGAUGAAGUGAGAACAGGUACAUAUCGUCAGCUGUUUCACCCUGAACAAUUAAUAUCAGGAAAGGAAGAUGCCGCAAACAAUUUCGCAAGGGGUCACUACACCAUAGGAAAGGAAGUCAUAGAUGUGUGCCUAGACAGAAUUAGAAAGCUAGCCGAUAACUGUACAGGUCUACAAGGCUUUCUAAUGUUUAGUGCUGUUGGUGGUGGUACCGGAAGUGGUUUUGGCUGUUUAAUGUUAGAAAGAUUAUCAGUUGAUUAUGGAAAGAAAUCGAAGCUGAACUUUUGCUGCUGGCCUUCACCUCAAGUAUCAACAGCUGUGGUGGAACCAUACAACUCGGUUUUGUCCACCCACUCUCUACUAGAACACACCGAUGUGGCGAUCAUGUUAGACAAUGAAGCUAUCUACGACAUAUGUAAAAAAAAUUUGGACAUCGAAAGGCCCACUUAUACAAACUUAAACAGACUAAUAGCGCAAGUUAUUUCGUCCCUAACGGCUUCUCUACGAUUUGAUGGUGCCCUAAAUGUGGACGUUACGGAGUUUCAAACGAACUUAGUGCCUUAUCCACGUAUCCACUUCAUGUUGUCCUCAUAUGCUCCAGUUGUUAGUGCUGAAAAGGCCUAUCACGAACAAUUAUCAGUGUCAGAAAUUACCAAUUCGGCGUUCGAACCAGCAAAUAUGAUGGCUAAAUGUGAUCCUCGUCAUGGUAAGUACAUGGCUUGUUGUUUAAUGUACAGAGGAGAUGUCGUCCCAAAGGAUGUCAACGCAGCUGUUGCUACCAUUAAGACGAAAAGAACAAUUCAAUUUGUUGACUGGUGCCCAACUGGAUUCAAAUGUGGUAUUAAUUACCAACCACCGACCGUUGUCCCCGGGGGGGAUUUGGCCAAAGUGAUGAGAGCCGUCUGCAUGAUAAGCAACUCCACCGCAAUUGCUGAAGUGUUUUCUAGAAUGGACCAGAAAUUUGACCUCAUGUAUGCCAAAAGAGCGUUUGUCCACUGGUACGUUGGAGAAGGUAUGGAGGAGGGGGAGUUUAGUGAAGCCAGGGAAGACUUGGCCGCUUUGGAAAAGGACUACGAAGAGGUCGGCAUCGAGACCAACGAGGGCGAAGGGGAAGACGAAGGAUACGAAGCGGAGUAUUAG